AUGUCCGCCUCCGACGCCGCUUCACAGAAUCAAACCUGUCCCUCUCCACUCUCACCUCGACAAAAGUUCCAGGCAGACGUUCGAACACUGAGUGACCAUGGUUCUUCCGCUCCCAGAAAUGCGUCCUCUUCGCGAAGAUCUCCAGAGUUGCAGCAUGUCUCCAGCCUGCGAGUUCAACCAAUCCCUCCGCAAGAUAUCUCUCAACCAAAUCCAAUCUACAGAUUCAGCGAUUCCGCUUUGGAUUCGGCGAGGGACGUGCACCGCGAGUCACCAUUCACCUUGGAGGAACGGGAAGCUUGGAACAGGCCUUCACCAGUCAGAACACGCAAAGGGAUAUCGGAGGAUGUGUUCAUCCUACAACCACCACAAGAAGACAGUCCUAUCCCACAGCCCAGCAAACCGAUGAGAGAGUUGCAGUCAUUUGCUCCCUGUACAGGCCACACAGACAUCAAUGAAAGACCUAAAACCAGUCGAGGACUCAAUCCUGGUCAAUCAAGCCGGCCGACCAGUCGUGACCACACCCACGAGGGGCGGGAUCAGAACCCUCGGAAUUCCAAGUUCGCCGAAGGAAGCAUGAAUGAGAGAUCUGCUGGCAUCUCCUCUACCUGGCUCGAACACGGCUCCAUCUCCAGUCUUUCUGGAACAGAAUCGGACAACGAACCCCUUCCGCGAGCCUCACCACAGCGCUCCUCCGUCGACUUGGAAGAGUUCCAAUCGGCCCCCGCAGCUUCUGCAACUCUCCCAAAACGUCUUUUCAAGAUCGGCUCAGCCUUCAAAUCUAAUGAGAAUGCAACCAAGCCUGAAACCGAGCCUCAACCGGCGACGACGACGAAGAAGAAAGGCCUGAGGAAAAGUAUGUCGAUGUGGAGCAUUCAUAAUAUUGGAGAAAAGAUGAAGACGUUCGGAGGAUCAACAAAUGACUUGACGGCAAAAGCGGCUUCUCCAACCAAGAAAGCGUUUGCAUCUGGCCACGCCAAUGACAUAGAUGUCCUCAAUGACCGAAAAAGGAGAGCGGAGGAGACCGGCGCCCGGGAGCUUGGUGUGAAGAGAAGGAAGUCUGAUGUUAGUCAACCUUCCGCGUCAAAUGAGCAAGGUUUGAAACGGACUCUUGUGGCAGCGCCUUGUCAGUCACUUGCUCGAUAUGAGGGCAAGACACCACCCAACAAGACACGACUGAGCCGAUCGUCGUCCACCAUAGGGACGAACGACUUGGAAUUGGCCGACAAUUAUAGCGAUCUCGAUCGCCACAGACGCCCUACACGUCGAGAAUUGGAGAUUGAAAACCAACAGCUCCGAGCCAUGUUGAGACAACAGCAGGAGGAUGCUCGUCAGAAAGGCAGCGUUUCACAAGAAACAUCUUCUUCCACCAACGUGCGCCAGCCACAGGAAUCGGGACGUACACCUGCUUCGUCACCGCGCCGGUCAUCUGCUCAGAAACAGAGCCAGAAGCCUUCGGGGAAAGAUGUACCACCAGUUCCUCCAAUCCCAGACCGAAUCGCCUUGAAGAAUUUAAGCAAUACGAGAAAUCAGCCUCGGAACGACAACAGCAACACCAAUGUCAACAGCAAUUCUAAUAUGAAUCGCAACAGCAGUUCUGACCCGAUGACGAAGACUGGGUUGCGAAGCGCAGCUGGACUCCCGCGUUCAGUUUCGAUGAUCCUCGAAGAAGAUGAGGAAGGAGUUGAGAAUAAGGGUCCAGGCUCGAGUCCAGGGAGAUGCCCACGAGACUUGGAGAUGGAGAAGAUCACAGUUCAAGAACAGAUCGCGCUACAGAUGAAAGGGGUCAAGCGGGAACCGUGGGAGUGGCCAGAUGAUGUAUUCUGA